AUGGCCUCGAAAAAGAGCAAAAGGAGUAACGGUAACCUCAAAAGAGCCGCAGCAGAGACCAGCACGGUUUCAGGCGAACAAGAUACGUCCAAAAACGACCAAAAACAGACCAAAAAUGAUUCCAAGACGGCAAAUGAGUCGAAAAGAUACAACUUCGUGGUGCGUACGGUGUGGACUUUCAUUAUGAUCAGUGGGUUCUUCAUCACGCUGGCCUCCGGCCACUUUUGGUGCGUGUUGCUGAUCCUGGCUUGCCAAAUCGCAGCUUUCAAAGAGUGCAUCCGGGUGACAUCGAUUUCGAGCCGCGAGAAAAAUCUGCCGUUGACAAGAACACUGAACUGGUACUUUUUGUUCACUACCAUCUACUAUCUUGACGGUAGGUCGAUUUUCAAAUUCUUCCAGUACUAUUUUAUCCACUACAGAGCGUUGAAUUUGGUGGCUUCAAACCAUCUGUUCAUUUGCUACUGUCUUUACGUGCUUGGAUUCGUCUUCUUUGUGUUUAGUCUGCGCAAGGGCCAUUUGAAGUUCCAAUUCGGUUCCCUGUGUGUUACACACAUGGUGUUGCUGCUGGUGGUUUUCCAAGCCCAUCUGGUUAUCAACAAUGUGCUUAACGGACUAAUCUGGUUCCUGCUGCCUUGUGGACUUGUAAUCGUCAACGACAUUUUUGCCUACUUGUGCGGCAUCACGUUUGGACGCACCAAAUUGAUCGAAAUCUCACCCAAGAAAACGCUGGAAGGGUUCUUGGGUGCAUGGAUCUUCACCGCCAUAGCCAGUGUUAUUCUCACGCGGUUGCUCACGCCUUUCACAUACAUGACUUGCCCAGUCAAGGACAUCAAUACCAACUUUUUCACCCCGCUAACAUGCGAUCUGAACCCCGUUUUCCUCCCACAGGACUACAGGCUGCCGCCUAUUCUGUUUGAAAAGCUUGGCAUUAGCACUGUCACCAUCAAACCUAUCUACUUGCAUGCACUAAAUCUAGCUACCUUUGCAUCCUUGUUUGCACCCUUCGGAGGCUUCUUUGCCUCGGGUCUCAAGAGAACCUUUAAAGUGAAGGAUUUCGGUCAGUCCAUUCCGGGCCACGGUGGUAUUACUGACAGAGUCGACUGCCAAUUCCUCAUGGGCUCUUUCAUGAACUUGUACUACGAGACCUUUAUCAGUGAAAAAAGAAUAACUGUCGAAACCGUGAUAUCCACAAUCCUACUCAAUUUCAAUGAAAAACAGAUUGUUGAGCUUAUCAAGAUCCUGAAUGAAGUUCUUUACAGCAACGGAUUUCUCAGUGAUAAAGCUUACGGUCAGUUAUCGGAAUUGUAUAAUAUUUAA